AUGUUUCCAACCAGAGGGCAGGGCCUCGCGACUCCUGAGAGAACCUCCAGCUCCAGUACCAGUCCAUUCCGGCCGCAGCCUCCCAGGAUAGACACCAACGUCCCUCAUAUUACCGUCAACGGCAAGGAGGUCGAGGUGAUCGAGAUAUCAUCAGGCCCUUCUCCUCAGGAUACUAAUCCUGAAUCCACACAGAUUACUCCAGCACUAGGAAUAGCGCAGAGACAGCUAGUUCAACAGCCCCUACGCACGCAGUCUGGUAGCCCUUCUCCUUUCGCUGCCACACCAGCUGGGAACCCACAGGGGCCUCAUACCAUUUUCAAACCUAUCAAAAUCCAUACCGCGAAGUGUGAUGUCUGCAAUAAACAUAACAAAGCCACUUUACAACGGUGUAUUGACUGUGGGUGGCAAAUAUGCACCCCCUGUUGGAAUGCCAGGGGUGGAAACGGUGCUCAUGGCAGCGUUAGGAAAUUCACAGGUGCAAUUUAUCGCAGCUCAGAGGAUGAGCUGCCACUAAAAAAGCCUCGCAAGAAAGGGAAAAAUGUCAACAAUGAAGCAAAGGAUACUCUCGCUGGAAAAGAGAAACCUUCUGCAAAGGAUAUUGGUUCUACUUCCACACGUUCUGGUCCAGAGGUUGGAAAAGGGAGGAGUCCCCUAGUCGUCCUGAGACAUUCAACAGUGAGUGCGGAUAGUUCUCCCGGCCAAGUCCCAAAGGCUGCAAAGACCUCUAGAGUGGUCCUUCAGAAGGCCCAGGGGAAUUUCAAAAUCCGGGCUUCUAGUGGCCAGGCCAGCGUUAGGCCAGCCAGUUCCCGCAGCGAUGUUCCAAGACGAGCCUCAGUUGGCAGUAGUCAAACACCCCGAACGACCAACAAUGCUCAGCAAGCAAUAGUUGAUGAUCUAUCGAGCUCAUCUUUCUUGACUUCACUUAGUGCACUUGAAGAGGACUGUGGGUAUCGAGGCGAUGAAGAUAACGAAGACGAGGAUGACGAGGAUGACGACGCGACCGAAAUAGAUCCAGAGAAUGAGGACGUUCUUGUUGCUGAUGGCAAGGCGUACCAGAAAAGAAUAUUCAGAGACCUUAACCCCGAAGUUGAGACCCGAAUGAACUGGCUUCUCAUCGCUGCAGAGCAAGCCCUCAAAGUACGGGAACGAGAACAAGACCAGGAACGAUCCAACGGGGGUUCCAAGGGAGGAUCCAAGGGCAGAAACGCUGUCCCAAAAACCCCUGAGCCGCCUACUCGGCCAUCUGAGCCGCCAGCUCGUAGCUGGGUAUUAACUCCAUCCCAACAUUCGUCUCCAGCUCCUGCUGCUGCCCCCAGGACUGUUUCUGCGCCUGUUUCUGUACCUGUUUCUGCACCACCUGUUUCUGCUCCGACCCAAGCUCUGGCUUCAGCUCCAUAUAUAGCCCCCGUUCCCGUCUCGUUCUAUUUCCAGUCUGACCCGCCAGCUCCGCCCGAGAUGCUGGAAGCUCCAAAACGUCCAGUGUUCGCUCGGCCCUUGGGCAGGGUUCGAUCCCUUGCAGCUCCCGCUGUGCCGGUUUCUGAGCUGAUACCUAGACCAGACCCCAUGGAUAUUGACCAGCCCAGAUCUGUGAGCAAUCCUCCAGUAACCAGUCGUCCGCCUCGAAAGCCUCUUCACCAGCCCGAUGUUCCGCGAGGCCUGAGAGGGAUCCUUCCUGGGACUCAUACGUUCAGAAAUUCGGCGGCCGGGGCAUCUCACCAGCGCCAGAUGCGACUAUUCGAAGCGCUGAGAGAAAAGAGAUUAAAGGAAGAGCAAGAGCGGAAGCAGCGUGAACAGCAUGAGGCUGCGGAAAGAGCUGCAAAGCCUCAUGCCAGGGCGUGGGAGCUGUGA